UUGAACUUGUCUGCAGAUGCAGAGCUAAAGUGCUGACAGUUUGCUGGUCAAUAAGUUAUUUUCCUUUGCAGGCUUCAAAAAUGUCUCUGAAGGUCCCUCUUCUUGUGGUGUUGUUGGUUUCUCAGUGCUGGUCCGCUCCAUAUAGGAGAAACUGGACUCCUCAGGCAAUAUUGUAUCUUAAAGGCGCACAGGGACACCGUUCAACCCUGGAGCGCAGCAGCAGAGAAGAGGGGGACGCUUUACAAUUAGUGAACUUUAACCAGAUCGACGAUGGGCUGGGAUUGUCUUCAGCUUCCGUCGAGCUCCUGCAACAAGCCGCAGAAGAAGGUGGCGGCAGACACGUUUACCGAGACUCGAGCUUAAACCAUCUCUGAUUACUUUUU